AUGUGGCUUUCUGGUUUUUCUAGAGGGAUUCAGGAGAUGCACAGGAAAGCUUCUUUAGUUCUUGAAGAUGCAGUCAGGAAUAUCUAUACCGUGGUGGCAUUUUGCGCUGGUAACAAAAUAAUGGAGCUUUACAGAUUGCAGCUUGGAAGUAUCCUUACAAAAAGCUUCGUUCAUGGGAUGGGCAUCGGGUUUGCCUUUGGUUUCUCUCAGUUCCUUCUCUUUGCCUGCAACGCGCUUCUGUUGUGGUAUACAGCUGUUGCUGUUCAGGACGGACAUCUUACCCUGGUAACAGCACUCAAAGAGUACAUAGUCUUCUCUUUCGCGACGUUUGCACUGGUGGAGCCAUUCGGCCUUGCGCCGUAUAUUCUCAAGCGCCGGAAAUCCCUGACUUCAGUGUUUGAAAUCAUUGAUCGUGUCCCCAAGAUUGACCCAGAUGAUGCCAGCGGCCUCAGACCCCCCAAUGUGUAUGGUAGCAUUGAGUUCAGGAGUGUUGAUUUCUGCUACCCUACUCGCCCUGAGAUGAUGGUUUUGAGUAAUUUCAGCCUUAAAGUCAACGGAGGACAAACUAUUGCCGUGGUAGGUGUAUCUGGGUCAGGAAAGAGCACGAUAAUUUCUCUGAUUGAGAGAUUCUAUGAUCCCACUGCUGGCCAAGUUCUGCUGGAUGGGCGUGAUCUGAAGUUGUUCAAUGUGAGAUGGCUGCGGAGCCACAUGGGGCUGGUUCCUCAGGACCCUGUUAUAUUCUCCACAACCAUAAGAGAGAACAUAAUAUAUGCACGGCACAAUGCAACAGAGUCGGAGAUGAAAGAGGCUGCCAGGAUUGCAAACGCUCACCAUUUCAUCAGCAGCCUGCCUCAUGGCUAUGACACGCAUGUGGGGAUGCGUGGUGUGGACCUGAGCCCUGGGCAGAAACAGCGGAUCGCCAUCGCCCGUGUAGUGCUGAAGAACGCGCCCAUCGUGCUGCUCGAUGAGGCCAGCUCCCCCAUCGAGUCCGAGUCGAGCAGGGUGGUGCAGGAGGCCCUCGACACGCUGAUCAUGGGGAACAAGACGACGAUCCUCAUCGCGCACAGGGCAGCCAUGAUGAAGCACGUGGACAACAUCGUGGUGUUGAACGGCGGAAAGAUCGUCGAGCAAGGGACGCACGACUCACUGGUGCAGAUGAAUGGUCUGUAUAUCAAGCUGAUGCAGCCUCACUUCACCAAGGGAUUCCGCCAACGUAGACUGAUAUAG